GAGGCCGUGGCCGCGCCCGCUCCCGCCGGGGGCUCGUCGCUGGGCGGCCGGGCCAUGGGGGAGGCUGAGGUGGGCGGCGGCGGCGCGCCGGGAGACAAGGGGCCGGGGGAGGCGGCCACCAGCCCGGCCGAGGAGACGGUGGUGUGGAGCCCCGAGGUGGAGGUGUGCCUCUUCCACGCCAUGCUGGGCCACAAGCCCGUCGGUGUUAAUCGACACUUCCACAUGAUCUGUAUCCGGGACAAGUUCAGCCAGAACAUUGGUCGGCAGGUCCCAUCCAAGGUCAUCUGGGACCACCUGAGCACCAUGUAUGACAUGCAGGCACUGCACGAAUCUGAGAUUCUUCCAUUCCCAAAUCCAGAGAGGAACUUCGUCCUUCCGGAAGAAAUAAUUCACGAAGUCCGAGAAGGAAAAGUGGUCAUUGAAGAAGAGAUGAAGGAGGAAAUGAAGGAAGAUGUGGACCCCCACAACGGGGCGGACGAUGUUUUUUCGUCUUCAGGAAGCUUGGGCAAAGCAACGGAAAAGGCCAGCAAAGACAAGAACCCCUCGGACUUGGGCUCCAAGGAGGGGGUGGACAAGCGGAAGCGCAGCCGCGUCACCGACAAAGUCCUGACGGCAAACAGCAACCCCUCCAGCCCCAGCGCCGCCAAGCGGCGCCGAACGUAGACGCCGCUCAGCCAGGGCACAGGGCAGGGGGCCG